GUUUGUUCCACUUCCACAGAGAUGAAUUCCCAAAUCUUUUCAACUGGGUUUUCUGGGUAUGGAAUGGAGCAACAGGGUUCAAUUGGGCUGAAUCAGUUAACCCCAAUUCAGAUCCAGCAAAUUCAAGCUCAAAUCAACUUUCAAAACCAACAACAACAGCAGCAGCAGCAGAUGAUGUUACAGACUGCCCAUCAUGCUUCCACCAUGAAUUUCUUGGCUCCAAAGCCGGUUCCAAUGAAGCAAUCUGGGUCGCCACCAAAACCCACGAAGCUCUACAGAGGUGUUAGACAACGCCACUGGGGUAAGUGGGUCGCUGAGAUCCGUUUGCCUAAGAACCGAACCCGCCUUUGGCUUGGUACAUUUGACACCGCUGAAGAAGCUGCUCUGGCUUACGACAAGGCGGCGUAUAUGCUUCGUGGCGACUUUGCUCGACUGAACUUCCCUCAACUCCGCCACAACGGCAACCUAAUCGGCGGCGACUUUGGUGAAUACAAUCCAUUGCAUUCCUCAGUUGAUGCUAAGCUAAAGGACAUAUGCCAAAGCUUGGCACAGGGGAAGAGCAUUGACUCUAAGAAGAAGAAAACCAAAGGGUUGUCGGCGGAGAAAGCGGCGGUGGUGAAGAUGGAGGAAGAGGAGAGCAAAACAGCAGAAGUUGGAUCCGAAAGUGACGGGUCCCAUUCCGGUUCCGGUGGAUCAUCGCCGGUGACCGAACUGAUAUUCCCGGAGUUCACUGAGGAAGAGCCAACUUGGGACAUGUCAGAAAAUUUUUUGUUGCAGAAGUAUCCAUCUCAUGAAAUUGAUUGGGCCUCUCUAUAAAAUUAGAAAAUAAUUAAGA